AUGAUUCUCCAAACGACCUUCCCUGGCCACUCUCUCUGGUCGUCGUGCUCCGCUCACAGGUUCCAUCCUUUUCUCUUCUCCAAACGACGUCGUCGCAGUAGUCUCUCCUACUGGCAUUUCAAUCGUCUUAGGCCUAGGCUCUUCGCAGUUGCCGCCUCCGAGAAUGGCGUGUUCACUUCUCCAGAGAUUGCAAAGACCUUUGAUUUUACUUCAGAAGAAGGGAUAUACAAUUGGUGGGAGUCUCAAGGGUAUUUUAGGCCAAACCUUGACCGAGGAAGUGAUCCUUUUGUGAUUUCAAUGCCGCCUCCAAAUGUUACUGGUUCCCUGCACAUGGGACACGCGAUGUUUGUGACUCUUGAGGACAUUAUGGUUAGAUACCAUCGUAUGAAGGGAAGACCCACGCUUUGGCUUCCUGGGACUGAUCAUGCUGGUAUAGCAACUCAGCUGGUUGUAGAAAAAAUGCUUGCAUCUGAAGGAAUUAAAAGGGUUGAAUUGGGUCGAGAUGAGUUUGUGAAUCGAGUUUGGGAGUGGAAAGAGAAGUAUGGUGGAACCAUUACAAAUCAGAUCAAAAGACUUGGCGCUUCUUGUGAUUGGAAUAGAGAGCAUUUCACUCUUGAUGAACAGCUAAGUCGAGCUGUCAUUGAGGCCUUUGUCAGACUUCAUGAGAAAGGCUUAAUCUAUCAAGGGUCUUACAUGGUGAACUGGUCUCCUAGUCUACAGACUGCUGUUUCUGACUUGGAAGUAGAAUAUCAUGAAGAAUCUGGCACUCUCUAUUAUAUUAAGUAUCGUGUAGCUGGAGGCUCAAAGUCUGACUAUCUGACAAUAGCAACAACACGCCCGGAGACUUUAUUUGGUGAUGUAGCUAUUGCUGUGCAUCCUGAGGAUGAUCGAUAUUCUAAAUAUAUUAAUAGAAUGGCUAUAGUUCCUUUGACAUAUGGCCGUCAUGUCCCUAUCAUCUCUGACAAGCAUGUUGAUAAAGACUUUGGCACCGGUGUGUUGAAGAUAAGCCCUGGACAUGAUCAUAAUGAUUACAAUCUUGCAAGAAAGCUUGGUCUUCCAAUACUUAAUGUCAUGAACAAGGAUGCAACUCUAAACAAGGUUGCCGGACUGUACUGUGGCCUUGAUCGGUUUGAGGCCCGCAAGAAACUUUGGGCAGAUCUGGAGGAGACUGGUUUGGCUGUAAAGAAAGAACCACACACUUUACGAGUUCCCAGAUCUCAGCGUGGUGGAGAAGUUAUAGAGCCACUAGUAAGCAAGCAGUGGUUUGUAACGAUGGAGCCCUUAGCUGAGAAAGCCCUUCGUGCUGUUGAAAAAGGAGAUUUGAAAUCAUACCUGAAAGAUUUGAAAAGUUCAAUUAAGCAUGUGAUGGAAGUCACUAGUACUAUGCUCGAUGGGUCUGAUAUUCAAUUCCCAGCACGAGUACAGAUAUAUGUGAUGUGCCAUGUGCUGAUCUAUAAUCACUGGCUAUCAAAUAUUAAGGAUUGGUGCAUAAGCAGACAACUGUGGUGGGGACAUCGAAUACCAGUUUGGUACAUUGUGGGUAAAGACUGUGAAGAAGAAUAUAUUGUUGCAAGGAGUGAGGAUGAAGCUCUUCGGAAAGCUCAAAAGAAGUAUGGAAGAGAUACAAAAAUAUAUCAGGAUCCAGAUGUUCUUGACACAUGGUUUUCAAGUGCACUGUGGCCUUUCAGUACUCUUGGGUGGCCAGAUGAGUCAAUCGAGGAUUUUAAGCGGUUUUAUCCUACUACAAUGCUUGAGACAGGGCAUGACAUACUGUUCUUUUGGGUUGUGAGGAUGGUCAUGAUGGGAAUUGAGUUUACAGGGACAGUUCCAUUUAAAUAUGUUUAUCUGCAUGGUCUCAUCCGGGAUUCACAAGGUCGAAAGAUGUCUAAAACAUUGGGGAAUGUCAUAGAUCCUUUAGAUACAAUCAAGGAAUAUGGCACAGAUGCUUUAAGAUUUACAAUUGCUCUGGGGACUGCUGGUCAGGACCUUAAUUUAUCCACUGAGAGGUUGACGUCAAAUAAGGCCUUCACUAACAAACUAUGGAAUGCUGGAAAGUUUGUAUUGCAGAAUUUACCCAGUCAAAAUGAUGCAUCAGCUUGGGAAAAUAUACUCUCUUAUAAGUUUGACAAAGUGGAGCUCUUGGACAAGCUACCUUUACCAGAAUGUUGGGUGAUCUCAAAACUUCAUUUGCUUAUUGACACAGUCACCGCAAGCUAUGACAAAUUUUUCUUUGGAGAUGUAGGAAGAGAGACAUAUGAAUUUUUUUGGGGUGAUUUUGCUGAUUGGUAUAUUGAAGCCAGUAAAGCUCGUCUUUACCACUCCAGUGGUGAUUCAGUUGCUUCUGUCACACAGGCAGUUCUGUUGUAUGUUUUUGAAAACAUACUUAAAUUGCUACACCCCUUCAUGCCAUUUGUGACUGAGGAGCUCUGGCAGGCACUCCCAUAUCGAAAAGAAGCUCUUAUAAUAUCACCAUGGCCACUGACUUCACUUCCAAGGAAGAGCAACUCGAUUAAGAAGUUUGAAAAUUUACAGGCUCUGACUAGAGCCAUCCGGAAUGCUCGAGCAGAAUAUUCAGUUGAGCCUGUAAAGCGUAUAUCAGCCUCAAUAGUUGCUAAUGAAGAAGUCACUGAGUACAUAGUGAAAGAAAAGGAAGUUUUAGCACUUCUCUCCAGGCUAGAUUUGCAAAACAUCCAUUUUACAGAUUCUCCUCCAGGGAAUGCGGAUCAAUCAGUCCACCUUGUAGCUGGUGAAGGACUAGAGGCAUAUCUCCCUUUUGCUGAUAUGAUUGAUAUUACUGCCGAAAUCCAACGCCUAUCUAAGAGACUUUCCAAGAUGCAGACAGAAUAUGAUGGACUUAAAGCUCGGCUCAGUUCUCCUAAGUUUGUAGAGAAAGCUCCUGAGGAUAUUGUCCGUGGAGUCCAAGAAAAGGCGGCAGAAACAGAAGAGAAGAUUACUCUCACCAAAAACCGUUUAGCUUUACUCCAAUCAACGGUUGUGGUUACAUAA